AUGAUGGAAGGUGUAGGAGCGCGUGUUAUUAGAGGUCCCGACUGGAAGUGGGGCAAACAGGAUGGUGGAGAUGGCCAUGUUGGUACUGUAAGAAAUUUCGAAUCGCCUGAAGAAGUUGUAGUAGUCUGGGAUAAUGGAACUGCAGCAAAUUAUAGAUGUUCCGGGGCAUAUGAUUUACGUAUCCUGGACAGUGCUCCAACUGGUGUAAAACAUGAAGGGACAAUGUGUGAUACAUGUCGACAACAGCCUAUUUUUGGUAUUCGCUGGAAGUGUGCUGAGUGCAGUAAUUAUGAUCUGUGUUCUGUUUGCUACCAUGGGGAUAAGCAUCAUUUACGUCAUAGAUUCUACCGCAUAAGUGCUCCAGGUGCACAGCGCUGCCUAGUCGAACCACGACGCAAAAGCAAGAAGAACGCUGUGAGGGGUAUUUUUCCUGGCGCAAGAGUUGUUAGAGGGGUUGAUUGGCAAUGGGAGGAUCAAGAUGGAGGUAACGGUAGGCGUGGAAAAGUAAAUGAGAUUCAAGACUGGUCUGCUGCGAGCCCUCGCUCUGCGGCCUAUGUAGUGUGGGACAAUGGUGCUAAAAAUUUGUACAGGGUUGGCUUUGAAGGCAUGGCAGAUCUGAAGGUAGUGAAUGAUGUUAAAGGUCAAAAUGUUUAUAAAGAACAUCUACCCCUUCUAGGAGAGUUAGGUCCUGGCCGUACAGGUCCCCAUGGGUUGCAAGUAGGAGAUCAGGUGAAUGUUGAUCUAGACUUGGAGAUAGUCCAGUCCUUGCAGCAUGGCCACGGUGGGUGGACUGACGGAAUGUUCGAAUGCCUUAGCACAACGGGCACAGUCAGCGGUAUUGAUGAAGACCACGAUAUUGUAGUUUCCUAUCCCAGUGGAAACAGGUGGACCUUUAACCCUGCUGUUUUAACUAAGGUGUGCAGCGGCAACCUAAGCGCGUCGACGUCUGCGAGCGGCGCGGCGACGAGUGCGGGUGCGGCGGGGGGAGCGGGGGCCGCGGCGGCCGGCUUCGCUGUAGGCGACCUGGUGGAGGUGUGCGCCGACCAGGAGCGCGUUAAAGCGCUCCAACGUGGCCACGGCGAGUGGGCCGAAGCAAUGGCACCCACGCUUGGUAAAAUAGGACGCGUACAGCAGAUUUAUCACGACAACGAUCUUAAAGUGGAAGUGUGUAAUACAUCUUGGACUUACAACCCUAAUGCUGUCACGAAGGUGUUUUCGUCUGACGGCAGUGUACAUGGAAAUUCCUCAGGCGAUCGCCUAUCCGUGCUUCUUAAGAAGCUGUUCGAGUCUCACGUGACGGGCGAUGCUAAUGAGGAGUUGGUGAAAGCGGCAGCCAAUGGUGAUGCGGCUCGCUGCGCAGACAUACUGGCCCGUACAGAUGGCGCACGGGCCGAUGUCAAUGGCGUAUAUGGUGGACAUACUGCGCUACAGGCAAGUCGCUUAUUCACCUUUUUUUUUACAAAGAAGUGGUUUUAA